GCGCCAGUGUGGCAAGAUGGCUGAAAUGAGUUGCACGCGUUAAGUUCGAUCUCUGCGAAAAUGUCAACACCUAGGGCAGUGGGGAGCGCGAAAAAACGGGGGCACCAACACCACCCCCGGAACGAAGGCACGAGAAGAAGGGCGGCCCUAGAUUUGAGUUCCAACAGCGCACCCCUAAGCAUUUACAGCAAAAAUAACGUAGUGACAGUGCAAAAUUCAACAGUAACGAAUCAAAACAAUGUGAUUACUAACAGUGCCUCCCCCGGUAAAAAGGAACCAAGCAUAGAAAUUAAGAAAACCACUCCAAACAAUGCCAACAAUAAUUGUGAUAUAGAAGUGAUAGAUUUAACCAAUUGUGAUGACGAUAUUAGUAACGUUAAAAAAGAAAGUAACGCCAACACCAACACCAUCGAAGACAAAAAUAACGAAGUAGUUAGUAAGAGCGUCAAAGAGGACCGCAACAAGAAACUGAGAAAACCGAAAAGGUCCAAAAGUAAAAAGAGGGAUGAGGAGAUGCAAGACAUGUCCCUCAUCCACCGGCCUGAGGCCGAGGGUUCGAGCCUCAGCGACCUAGAGAACGAGUUCAAGGAAGACAAUAUAGAUCCAGAGAUAGAGGAAUUGUCCAAGCUCCGCUGUACGUCUGAAAUGACUGAAGUGGUAGCUGAAAGGGAGAAACGUCGGAACCGAAGGUGCGCGGACUACCCCGGGCUAGCAUUCAGCUCGAUCUUCAGCUCCGACACCCUGAUGAAGUUUUCCAUCAUCCGAAACGAGUUGCAUAACAUAAUGAAUACCCAGCUAAAAAGGGCUGAAUCCGAAGUAGCCGCCCUCAACCGCCGCAUCCAACUUUUGGAAGAGGACUUGGAACGUUCCGAAGAACGUCUGGCCACAGCCACUGCCAAAUUGGCGGAAGCCUCCGCCGCCGCCGACGAGAGCGAAAGGAUACGAAAAGCCUUAGAGAACAGGACGAACAUGGAAGACGACAGAGUAUCGAUCCUGGAACAGCAACUGGCCCAAGCGAAACUGAUAGCGGAGGAGGCAGAUAAGAAAUACGAAGAGGUUGCCCGAAAAUUGGUUUUGAUGGAGCAGGACUUAGAAAGAGCAGAAGAGAGAGCAGAAAUUAGCGACAGCAAAAUCGUAGAACUUGAGGAAGAACUCCGCGUAGUAGGCAACAACUUAAAAUCCCUUGAAGUGUCAGAAGAAAAGGCAGCUGUAACCAGAGAACACAGCGAAGACAAAAUCCGUUCCAUCUCUGAUAAAUUGCGUGAAGCUGAAGCUCGUGCUGAGUUUGCUGAACGUUCCGUACAAAAGCUCCAGAAGGAGGUUGAUAGACUAGAAGACGACCUUUUGACGGAAAAAGAAAAGAACAAAAUGCUGGCCGACGAGAUGGAGAUGACAUUGCACGACAUCCAAAACAUGUAAAACGCUCCCCGUUUCCGAAAGGCCGCCCUCACACAUACACACGACAAACACACAUUCCUGCCUUGUUUCAUGCAUUCCCGCACAACAUUUGUCGGACUCUCAAUUUCAAAACCACACUGAGCUAGUGCUCGUGCCGCGCGUAUCAAACUUUUCCAAAAAUUUAUUGGUGCUUAUAUCGCUGCAAAAAAUCGUUUCGCUUAUUAUUUUUCCUUGUUAUAUUUUGUUUGAGGGAACAGAAUAGCCCUUGCGGGCGCGCUGGACUUUUCGGUGCUAUUUUUGGUCUUCAGAUAAAAAACUGAGAUAAAGUAUUUUUUUUACAAAAGUUACAGUUAACAUAAUAGUGAUUAGUCUAUUUGGUGUGAUUGAAUUAACUUUCACAUAAAUACCAAAAUUGAGUUGUAUAUUUGUCGAAGGAAACAGUUCCGUGAUUAAUUCAUAUUUUGUUAUGAAACAAAUAAAUUUAGUGGGAGAUCACGAAUAGCACCUUUUUCGUCGGCGCGUCUUGAAAGUGCAAAGUUAACGGUAGAUUCACAGCACACAUAGAUAGUUAGGCGUUUGUUUCAUUCCUUCACAUAUGUUAACGAAGCGUGGCCAUUGUUUCCUUCCUCUAUUUCUAUUUUCGUUUGUUUUGUUGAUCUCCGCCAGCUGCAAUAUUACUUGAAACCGAUCAACACUGCCAUAUUGAAAAGGGGCCCAAUACUUAUGCUUCGUUAAUGCAUUUUUUUUUUCAUCGGGGAUAUUUUUUGUAUAUUGUACAUUCUUCCACGAAGUUUAGUCAUUAUUUUUUUUAAUUAUUAUUUUUUUGUAAUUUAUUUUGACCACAGAGGGGCCGUUCGCGGUUCUGUCGCAUAUGUUUGCAAUUAAUCGAUGGAGUGAGGUUUCGGGUUUAUCGUACAGGUCAGAUCCGUAGGCCCCUUUGUGUGCGACAGCGUUCUAUUUACUUUUCUCAAUUGAGUAUUAUAGGGCUGCGUGGGUGCGGUACGAGAUAGGCAAAGGAAAAUUGUUUGAAUGUCAGUGGUGACAUUACGAAGAAUGUUUAGUUCAAAUGUACCGCAUUAUGGUAAUACAUGAACGUUGUUUGAAUGAACUACCGGCGAUAGGAUUAUUUAGAUAUAUUAAUUUGCAGUUG